AACCACACACACAUUGACGACACCAAACAUUUCAAACCCCUCUCUUGCCUCCAAAAAAACACUACACUUGACUCUAUCCACACCAUUGUUCUUGACCAAAACUCUUAACAAUGCUGAGCACCACACCACACCAUAGCAGGCAGCGCCAUGCAUUCGAGAAGAGCCUAAGCCACCACACCGCUAGGAAGAAGAACAGCAGCAGCAGCAUAGACAGGAAGCUGCAGCUGCAGGCUAUGAGCCACGCGAGCAAGUACCUGCAGAGAAUGCUCAUCAACCCUCCCGGCGUGCAGCGGAGCGCCUCCGGGCUCUCGCUGUCGUCGCUUUCGCUUUCGCAGAACUCGAGCGACUCGUCGCUCAGCAGCUCCAACUCCAGCAGCUGCUGCUGGGAGCCCAAGGUGCCGCUGCUCUACGGCGGCACCUUCAGCCCCUGGGGCGACGUGCUCGUGUCGCUGGACAGGAGGAGGGGAUGCGGCGGUGGCGGUGGCGGCGACGAUGAUGACAAGGUGAGUGGCCGUGAUGAUGAUAUGGAAGAGCAGGAAGAGGAGUUUGAGUGCAGUGAGCCCGGGAGCUUGCAUAGGUGCAGCUGGAUCACCAAGAACAGUGAUGAGGCGUACGUCCAGUUCCACGACGAGUCCUGGGGCGUCCCAGUGUACAAUGACAACCAGCUGUUCGAGCUACUGGCGCUGUCAGGGAUGCUGAUAGACCAAAACUGGACGGAGAUACUCAAGAGGAGGGACAUGUACAUGAAAGCGUUUGCGGAUUUCGACCCCAAGGUGGUGGCGAAGAUGAACGAGAAUGACAUCGCCGCCAUCAGCGCCAACAAGGAGCUCAAGCUAGCGGAGUGCCGAGUGCGGUGCGUUGUGGAGAACGCCAAGUGCAUAAGGAAGGUGGCCAAGGAGUUCGGGUCAUUCAGCGAGUACAUCUGGGGCCACGUGAACCACCGGCCGAUGGUGGGCAAGUACAAGCACCACAAGUACAUCCCGCUCCGGACGCCCAAGUCGGAGGCAGUGAGCAAGGACCUCAUCCGCCGGGGCUUCCGGCUCGUCGGCCCCGUCAUCGUCCACUCCUUCAUGCAGGCCUCCGGCAUGGCCAUCGACCACCUCGUCGGCUGCUUCCGCUUCUCCGAAUGCCUCCGCCUCGCCGACGCCGACGCCGCCACGUAGAUCCCCUUCGUGCUGCCUCAGAUCAACUCCGACGUUUUACUCACAAUGUUCAGCAACUUCCUUACUUUUCUCUCCGGGACACGGGAGAGCUGUAUAACUCUUUUUUCUUUUCUUUUUUGGGGAGUUAGUUAUUGCUUGGGUUGUGGAACAUGUGAUGUAGGGUAUUAGUAUUAAGUUAUGUUUUUUUCUUUCGCUCCUACUUGGAAAGUGAUAGUGUAACUGGUUUGAACCUUUUCAAGCAUUAAGUUUUCUUCUAGUAAGUUAAGAAUAACUUCUUUGUGUUUGGGCCUGACAAAGGCCAUGUAUGAGCAUGGAGCAUGAGAGCUGGUGAAGUACUGUCAAA